AUGCUCGCCAUUUCGCUCACUCUAGUACUCUCGAUAAUCGUCAGUCGUGUGUUAUGCAGCACCAAAUUCCUCCGUCCCCCAGAAUGGAACUCCCAUAUCGACGAUAAAACUGGCUUCGAAGAAAAUAUAAGAUACGAAGUCGGAGAUACGAUACAGCUCCUUUGGGAGACUGAUCUUAACAAAGUUGAGCUUUACUUGGUCCAACGGAUAGGAUCAAUUGUGAAGGAAAGAAUAUUAGACUCAUCUCGUACUGACUGGAAAGCUGAGUGGGAUGUAGUUGGAUCAGUGGAGGGAAACGAAGACUCUUUGUACUGGUUUGCCUUAGCAGACCCUGACGAUCUUCAGGUAGACCUUACAAGGUCGCAAUCCUUUAAUGUCACCGCUCCGAAGCUCGAAACCUCUACCACGCUGCAGACCUCUACCGCGACUCAGAGCACAACCUCUCAAAUAGUGGGAGUACCGCCUACGCAACUCAUUCCUAUACCUACUGUUACAGAUCUAUCCUCGGACGAAGAAGCAAAUUCAGAUGCUGGUUCCGAGUCUGGAAUGUCCAAAGGAGAGCUUACGGGUGCAGCUGUUGGGGGAACUAUUGGCGGUCUCAUACUUCUUGGUGUUAUCGGAUGGUUGGUUUGUAGAAGAUCGGCACGGAAGGAAAAGGAUACGGACGUCUCAUUGGGUUCUCAAAGUCAGCACCAGCAAUUCCACUCUUCCGAGACAAAGGCUGAGCUACCUGGUGACCCGGCCGUGGAGGUUUAUCCUUCAGGCUAUGCUAGAAGUCCUCCUGGGCUGCAUGAAGCACCGUGA